AUGCUUUGCUUCCUCCACUAAACUUCCUUUAAGGGCAGAGAGAGAGAUAAAAAGAUUGAUUGCGUGUGUUUCACACCAAUAAAUCCCUUUAUUUUUAUUUUUUGGUCUCCAAAUUUACUAACUUCUAAUAAUUUCCAAUUUUACCCCUUAUUUUUCUUCCUUUGGUUUUAACCUAUUCACUGCAUUUCCUUGGUAUAAAAUCCAACUUCUUCUCCUUCAAGAAUCUAGAGAUAGAGAGAGAGAGAGAACACAAAGUGGGAAAAAAGAUAAGAACCCACCAUAAAGUUUUAACAUUUUUCCCUUCAAAAGGCGAAAGCUUUUGAUUUGUAUAAAAGUCCCACUUAAUCACCUCUCUAGCUUCUCAUUCCAUUUCCAUCUCCUCUCUUUUGUUUUCUAAGUUGCUUCAAGAGUUUUGGAUAGUGUAGCAGAGAGAUUUUAACUAAUGGGUUUAUAAAAUUUUGUUCUUUUGCGUGAACAAGUUGUCAACUUCUAGACAGAUUUUCUUUUUGAAGUGUUUUCUUGUCGAAAUUCUUCUUCUUUUGGUCAAAGAACGCAAGAUUCUUCUGUAGUUCCUCUAAAAAAAAUCCUAAUGGAGGGUUAUUCAAGAAACGGUGAAAUCUCUCCGAAGCUGCUUGACUUGAUGAUUCCACAAGAGAGAAGAAAUUGGUUUCACGAUGAGAAAAACUCUGUUUUCAAAACAGAGGAGAAGAAGCUUGAGCUAAAGCUUGGACCACCUGGUGAAGAAGAUGAUGAUGAAUCGAUGAUAAGACACAUGAAGAAAGAACCAAAAGACAAAUCUAUCCUCUCUCUCGCUGGCAAAUACUUCUCUCCUUCUUCCACCAAAACCACAUCCCAUAAAAGAACUGCUCCUGGUCCAGUGGUGGGAUGGCCUCCGGUUCGAUCCUUCAGGAAGAAUUUAGCUAGUGGAAGUUCUUCAAAGCUUGGAAAUGACUCAACCACCUCCAAUGGUGUUACCCUCAAGAACCAAAAGUGUGAUGCUGCUGCUAAGACAACAGAACCAAAGAGACAAGGAGGCAUGUUUGUGAAGAUCAACAUGUAUGGUGUUCCCAUUGGUCGUAAAGUUGAUCUCAGUGCUCAUAAUAGCUAUGAGCAGUUAUCUUUCACAGUUGACAAGCUCUUCAGAGGUCUUCUUGCAGCUCAAAGAGACUUUCCAUCAUCCAUAGAAGAUGAAAAACCAAUCACUGGAUUAUUAGAUGGGAAUGGAGAAUAUACUCUUACAUAUGAAGACAAUGAAGGAGACAAGAUGCUUGUAGGAGAUGUUCCAUGGCAAAUGUUUGUGUCUUCGGUGAAGAGGCUGCGUGUGAUUAAAACUUCUGAGAUUUCUUCAGCAUUAACAUAUGGAAAUGGUAAGCAAGAGAAAAUGAGAAGAUGAAGAAAAAGAUCUUUUACAGCUUUUAAAGAAGUAGAGAGAUGUUAUUAAUUGCAUUUUGCCUUUAAACUUUGAUGAGUUUUUGGUCUUGGAAAAGUUUCUGAUAUAAGUCUGAUGUACAUUCUGGUUUGUUACAUCUUCUUUUGGCUUUUGAGAUAUCAUAGAGUUUUGUUGGAACUCAAAGACCAAACAGUGCAAUGAUGAUUUUGGGGUCUUGAGUAAAUUUACAAACCCUUUUAGGCAUAUUAUAAUAGUCUUCUGUUUUUAAGUUUUGGUAAUGAUUAUUCACACUUGAUCAACACUUUUAAGUAAUGUAACUCUCCCUAUGUCAGCAAAGCAUCCUUUUCGAAAAACGGAGAAAAGAAACAAUCUUUUUCUCUGCCAAAAAGCU